AUGGAUUACACGCUCCACUGGCGACCGCUUUCGGUAGGCGGCGACGGUGUCUUUGGCCGCCUCCUCCUUUGGCCCAUCGGCCCAGCUUGCCCACCUUCUUGCAACUUGGCCUUGUCGGUCGCAUCAGCCCGACCUUGUUACGCCAAUACGCUAACAUGCUCAUCCCGGUGCACACACUUGCGUCCACACAGCCCACAUACUCAUACACUCGUCGGCGUUCCCACUCACGCCUCGAUUAUCGAGAAAGCGAUAUGUGAUUGCAUGCGACACGGCCGCACACUUGCCGAUGGGAUUUGGAGGCCAGCCGUCGUCGGGCUGUGCUGCGGCUCAAACACAGCAAAGGGCCCACCGAUCUACCAUUUUUGGGCAGUUAACCUGACCGGCCUAGCCAGACGGUUGGGAGUUGCGAGAUGGGAGAUGCAGGACUGGGAUCGGAAGGAGUCCACGUUUGAUGGGGCUCAGGGCAUAAAAUGCAUGACCUUGGCAAAUGUGGUCAUAGGCUCUCUUUGCUUUUCCUAUUCGCCACUGGGACCCACGGAGCUACCUCACAGCCAUGCCGCUCGAAUCCGUCCGUCCACCAGGUUGCCCGGCAUUUGCCACCUGACCCAGGCCGACCCACAACUACGAGCUGAUUUGUCCUCUUCUCCCACGCCCGCCCCCUCCCCUCGCCUACGCCUACACCCACACCCACACCCACAUCCACAUCCACACCCACCUCCUCUUCCAUACUCCGGGUCAAAGUUUCGUCUGCAAUAG